ACAUUCAUAGGGGCAGGAUCCAGCAGCCCAGUGAGUUCCGUUUUCCGGCAAUGAAGAUGGCGUCUGGCAUGCUCUUGGUUGUGGUGCCCCCGUGGCCCGCUGCACGGGGGCUGCUCCGAAACUGCUGGGAGCUUCUGCAGCGAAAACUUCAAAAGAGCUGGCCAGGGUAUCCAGCUCCUCCGUGGGGACCAGCAUUAGCAGUCCAGGGUCCAGCCAUAUUUACAAAUGAUUCCUGUGGAAGUAAGGAGAAUUCCAACUUUUUGGAUAACAUCUUUUGGAUGGCAGCUCCCAAAAACAGACGCAGCAUUGAAGUGAACCGGUGUAGGAGAAGAAACCCUCACAAACUUAUUAAAGUUAAGAACAAUAUAGACAUUUGUCCUGAAUGUGGUCACCUGAAACAGAAGCAUGUCCUUUGUGGCUAUUGCUAUGAGAAGGUGUGCAAAGAGGCUCGAGAAAUCAGACAGCAGAUAAGGAAGCAAGAAGGGGGGCCUUUUAAGGCUCCUACAGUGGAGACUGUUGUGCUGUACUCAGGAGAGACACCAUCAGAAAAUGAUCAAGGCAAGAGGAUCAUUGAACGAGAUAGGAAACGGCCAUCCUGGUUCACACAGAAUUGACUCCAGAGAUAUUAAAAGGAUAACUUCACAGUAAAACAUUUAUGCCGAAACAGAGGAAGAGUCUUGGUUUUUAUGUUGUGCUUGUUAUUAAAUCAUCAAUAGAGUUUAAAUUAUACUUCAUAAGUAGUUGGCUUUAUGUGAGUUAACUUAAAGAAUAUAUCAUGAGUAAACUCUUAAAAUGUUUAUGGAAAGGCUCAAUGGAUUAAUAUAUCUGUUUCUAUUAUACUUUUGGGUUUUAAGUAAACAUUAGAUUUCCACACAAAAAUAAAAAAUUUACAAUUGAUAGCAAGAA